UUAUUUUAAAAUAUAAAACGAAAUAUUUGGACGCUAAUUCCGUAUCGGAGUCACAAUCGGUCUAUGUACGCCACCGCACGGCGGCGUUUUCUCACGGUGACCUGUAGAUGUCCAGUACCGUCACGAAAGUAUUAAUCCAUAGUCAAACCCAAUUUCACCUUCUUUUAAGCCAAAAAUCUUUGACUCUUCUCCAUUCUACGUUUUAUCCUUUUCCAUAAAUUCUGCAUUCAUCGCCGGUUGACAUUGCUCGCCGUCGCCGGUGCUCACAAAGAACAAUAAAAAAUUCAAUAGGAUAACGGAGCUCCUAGUUAAGCAUCUUCAAGUUUCCAGGUUAUGGACGGAAAAAAUUGGUUAAAGGUGGUUAUUUUUCUAUGCUUAAUUGCGGUUUCAACUGGUAGAGUGUUCACAAUAUGGUCUCCCUCUAUGAUUUGAAGAAGUAGAUGAGUAAUUCGUCUGGAAAUUCUGGCCUUUUGGAUUACCAGAAGUGCCUGAAGUACUUGAAGAAGUAGCCACAAGAGAACUAGUUUCAGCAAAGGAUUGAUUGUUUGUCUUAAACUCUCUUUGUUUCUCCUCUUGUAUCAACAGGGCAAAAGCUUGUGCCACAGAUGGCAUUGGAUUCAUCAUCAAAAUGUUCCCUCUAAUCGUUGUAUAGACCUCAUUAAGACCUAUAAGAAACUGAAUUAAUCGUCUAUCCUGUUCAACCUUGUGCAUCAUAUCCUUUGCUCCACAGCUACAUGUACAAUUGCAGUGAGUUUUGAUGCAUAAACCACUCAGUUCUUCCCAAAGUUUCUUCAUCUUGGUGUAGUUCGAUAACCAAUUCCAUCGAAAACAACUGGUACAAGAGGUGCACCUGGAUUGUCUGAUGGAUGUAGAUACAGCACACUUCCUAUCUCAAUUCCCUUAGUUACUUCCAGAUUAGUUACUUCUACCAUUGUAGUGCAACAAAAUCAAUCAAAAGAAGGGAUGAAAAUGUGUAAGAAUGCAACAGAAAACAGCUGAAAUCAGAAUGAACACAGGUAAACUUGAUAGAUUCAAUCUUCACAAGAGGAACAGAGAUGAAAAACAAACAGAGAGAUUCGAGAUCUUCACAACUUGAACAGAGACGAAGACAAGCAGAAGUGAUCGAACGAAAGCUCUGAUACCAUGUUGAAGCUCAAAGUUAUGAUAAACCACCAUUAAUGGUGGCUGCAACUGAAUACAAAGCUGAGGAUAGAGAGAACCAUUUCUCAGAUUGAAAGAGAAGAGGAAAAAAGUGUGAUGAACUACAAGUAGUAGUCAUACUUAUACAAUUGAAGAUUGAAGGAAAAAAUAACUAACACUAACAGAACUUCAACAGAAAAUUAACUAACUAAACAAAGCUGUUAACUAUAACGGAAAGCUAACUAACUAUAACUAACUCCUUCAUAAUCUUAUCUCUUAUCAACUUCAACAACUUGGAUGAUUAGCUAUGACAUUAAUGUGGCUAGUUUCUUUACUUCAAACAUAUUUCAACUAGACGAUAAAAUUGUCUCUAUGCUAUGUAUAGUAUGCUUUAUUGGAAGGUUUUGCAAUUUAAAAAAUUUAGCAUGUUUCAGAAUGUUUUUACAUUGAAAUUCUUGUAUCUGGAAAGUUAUAACUGGACUACUGUUAACUUUAUAUAUACAACUAUUUUUCUAAAGUAUCCUAAGAAAACAAAAAAAAUAAAUUGGUAUAUGAUUCAUUUCAUAUUGAACAUGUUAAAGUUUAACUCUUGUGUUAAACUCAAACUAGGACACUUUUGAGAUGGAGGAUUGAGGUAGGCAUGGUGGAGCUGUUAGAGUGGAUUAUGCAAACACUGAUAGAAUUCAAAGUGAAGGCCAAGAACAAGCAUCAUGCAGCUAUCUACAACCACACCCUUGCCACCAUAUUAGUGGAAUAUGCUUCAGCAGUCUAUGUGUCCGAUUUGACAGAAUUAUUUGCCUGGACUUGCUCAAGAUGUAAUGGUUUAACCAAGGGAUUUCAAAUUCUAGAGCUCAUUGUUGAUGUGCAACGAUGCCUUCAGGCAUAUGUAGGUGUGGCUCAGGAUCUUAAUGCCAUUGUUAUUGCAUUCAGAGGCACUCAUGGAAGCAGCCUACAGAAUUGGAUUGAAGAUCUAUACUGGAAGCAGCUUGAUAUAUCUUAUCCAGGAAUGGAAGAUGCAAUGGUGCAUCAUGGAUUUUAUUCUGCUUAUCAUAACACGUCAUUGCGUCCAGGAGUGCUAACUGCUGUUAAAAGUGCGAAAGAUUUCUAUGGAGAUAUUCCAAUUAUGGUGACUGGACACUCAAUGGGAGGGGCUAUGGCUGCUUUCUGUGGUCUGGAUCUCACCGUGCAUCUUGGAUGCCAGAAUGUUUCGGUUAUGACAUUUGGACAACCACGAAUUGGUAAUGCUGCAUUUGUGUCCUACUACAGAGAACGGGUCCCCAAUACAAUUCGUGUUACAAAUCGUCAUGAUAUUGUGCCUCAUUUGCCCCCUUACUAUCAAUACUUCCCUCACAAAACUUAUCGCCAUUUCCCUAGAGAGGUCUGGCUUUAUGAUCUUGGCUUUGGAAGUUUAGUUUAUACAGUUGAAAAGGUCUGCGAUAAUUCUGGGGAGGAUCCUUCUUGCAGCAGGUCGGUGAAAGGCAACAGUGUUAAGGAUCAUCUGAGAUAUUUUGGUGUAAAAUUAUCAUGUGAUGUAUCAGCGGGGUGCAGAAUUGUGAUGGGUAAUGGUCUAGCAUCGUAUCACACAACAGACAACGACGGAAAUAUCAUCUUCUCCAGAAAUAUAUCUUCUGUUUUGAGAAUGAAUGUGGAGUCUAGUGAGGAAGGGAAAUCAUUAUAGAGAUUAUUUGGAUUACCAUUUGACUCUCCAAAAUUUGGCAGAGCUGAAGCAGAGUUUCCCACUCAAGGUAAAUGUAUAGAGCUAGUCAAAGUGUGCCAGUUGUGUCCUGUUGCUUGUGUAUAUAGUUCCUUCUAAUUUAACUUUGUUUUUGUUAUCGUUUUUUACAUCUUAUCCAUGUAAAUAAAAAGAGAUUAAAGUAUUGACUUUAUCAUAUAUGAUUAAUAUUCUGUAAAUUCGUAAA